AUGAAGGCUAUUGUUAAAAGGACGUCGAAUCCUUUAUCGCCCAAAUUUAUACGCCUGCCUAGUGGGAGUGUUCUUGACUGUGGUCAUAAAGUGCUCUUACACGACACUAAUGACCUGAGUUAUGUUUGCGGUCGCUUAAACAUACCUGAGGAUGAGAAGUUUUUCAUCAUAACUGAGAACAAUGGCGAACGAUCACUUGUUCCCAUAUUUUAUCCUCCUCAUCCUAAUGUUCUUCACUACAAACCUCGAACUUUCCAUUUAUGUGAACAGUUUCAACUGAAGCGUAUACAACUAAGCAGUCCUCAGGAUUGCGCUGAUGUCAAGUUAGUCAACGAUUUUAUUAUAGCGAAUAAAAACCAGCUGAAUACCAGUGAAGAAGAUUCGAAAGCACUAAAUGAACUGAUGAAUUCUGAAGAAAUGGUCACACGACUAUUAAGUGUACUUUUAAAUAUUCCUGAACUCAUUACACAAUGGGUACAUGUGAAGGAUCAUAAAGGAAAAUUAUAUCAAAUUGGAAUUAACAGAGAAGGAUUACUUAUUCAUCAAGAGUUUUUGGAGUCCUCAUCUACUCAUUUCACUUGGCAAGAUUUGGGUAACGCUAGUGCUAAUCAUUCAACUGUAAUACUACCAGUAUACAUGACUACUGACAAAGCAGAAAAACUAGUGGAUUUCAUUGAUGCAGUAAGUGGUAAAGGGAAGCAGUCCAAAAGAAUCGUAAAAGAGAAGAAAACAGCUAUGCAGCCAACUAAUUUACAACCUCAUAAAGAUGACAGCAAUACACCACAACAGUAUACUCUCAAAUUUCGUCUAUCUGACUCUAAAGUUGCUCAAAGAUUAGCAUUACAGUUGUAUAGAAUUUGUAAUACAGUUAUACAGAGUUCUAGUAGUAAUAACAAAAAUAAUAAUGGUAAUGAUACUGACGGUAAUAAUGCUGCCAAUACAAGACGACUGCACAAUGAAGAGAAAUCAGCGCCUGAAACAACGUCACGCUUUAGUCGACAAUUUCGUGAUACAUUCAGAUGUUUUUCGAGACCAUUUCUCAUAAAACCAAAAAAUUACAAAUCUAAAAGACGAUCAAUGUCAAAAGACAAAGAGGAUGUUGUUUCGAAGGAUGAGGACAACAACGAAACCGGUACGACAUUGCAAAUGAUGCCAUCUUCUGCUUCGGAUUCCGCUGGUUUGGCCAGUACUACUACAAUAACAACAGUGGCUAGUACCAGUACUACUACUAAUAUUAAUUCGGCCGCAAGUACUAGAACAUCAAACCCUUCAAUUGUUGAUGAUAAUAACAAAAAAUGGAAAUAUCCUAUUUACACUGCUGGACAUAAUGUUACUACUACUCCAGUUGUUUCUGAUACUACUUUUUCUACCGCUACUUCAGCUUCGCAUACAACAUUUAUGUCACAUUCGAAAACUAUUCAACCUAGUAAUAUUGAAACUAAUUAUGAAAGUGUAUCAGUUGUUGUGGAACCAGUUGAAGUAGCCGCUGCUGGUGAAGCACAAGCCGAAUUAGAUGAACGUGAUAAACAAGUUUUACAUUCAUUACUAAUGCAUAAAACCCCAACAAUUGUAUCUUCUGUACCGGUGAAUAACUUUUCCUAUACGCCAACAAAUGCAUCAAUGACACCAAUGAAGGCAAUCUCAUCGAAUACAUUUGUCAGUCAUUCACAGACAACCACCACCUCUACAAAUCAGUCACCAACACCAGUGUUAGUAUUAUCAUCAUUCAACAGUUCGUCACAUACUCCUGACAGUACAUCAAAUUCUACACUUCAUACUUAUGAAUCUGUUGCUAGUUCAACAAUAGCUAAGACCACCACUAAACAGCAUCACGGUGUACAUGAAAUAAAUAGAUCGAAUUUCAACGCUGAUAUCACAUUGAAUCAACCUGUACAGAAUAGUGUCACCUCUUCGAGAAGUAAUCAUUCUUCAUCAUUUCUGAAUGGAUCCUUUGAGCAUACUGAAAUGGAAGAACAGAAAACUACCCCACUGUUUACUUCUUCUACUCAGCCUAAGUUGGACACAGCUGUAUCAAAAGUAAUUCCCAGUGUUCAAAGUGUUAAGCCUGAGACUGUAGAACAUGUAAGAGUGAUGACUGGGUCAUCUAUACAACCUAUAGUAACACAUUCUGUCAGUGUUGUUACCGCUAAACGUAAUAUUUUGCCGGAUGUUAACAAUGAUAUUGAGAAGUUGAACAAUACUAGUCCACAUGAGGAGUAUAAUAACAAACCGAUUAAUCAUAUGACAAGUUUAUACGCUCCACAACCAUAUGAAGCUGCUACAGUGACCACAGUUCAGUCUACGAAUUCUACAAAUGAUAUUAAAUCUGUGGAUGAAUCAACGCGAAUCACAUCAUCUUCACCACUGCCUAUUCCAACUUCUGACUCAUUUCAAUCACGUAUUAAACCGCCUUCGUUUGCUGUAAAAACAACAAGUGAUUCAACUAGACAGUUAAGUAUUCCUAAGACAACUUCAACUACUGUUAAAAUUGAAGAGACGACCAGUGUUAUGAAUUCAAAACAUGUUGUACAGAGUAAUUCAAUGUCAAAUUCAUUGUAUACACCAGAAAAUAUCAAAAAUCAUAGUAAAGUGGAACUGACUGAAAACGAAAAUAUGCCGUAUCCUCCUGUUCUCUGUUCUACUUCAGUCAGUGUUACUGGAAUUCGUCCUCCUAGUGGUAUCAAAGCACCAUCGAUUACUCCAGAUAAAAUGAAAUCACGUACUCCUACUACUAACAAUAAUCAAAGCAACAGUGCUACUCCUACUAGUGCUACUAAUGGACAUGCACAUUCGAGUCCAAACACAUCAGUUACAUCGAUGCAUGAUGAUGAAAUAACCUACAAUAAGCAAAACAUUUCUGCCUACAACAUGAAGCAAACAUGUGAUACACUGAAAAGUCAUGAUUCAAAAACCAUAGAGGAUAGUUCAGAACAUCUAAGUAGUUUACCUAAACUAUCUGGGAAUAUAUCCUCUGUUCAUGGGAAAACUCAAUCAAAACUCCGACCAGUAGCACCUGUGUUAAGUAACUUAUCAAUUGCUAAUUCUGGUAUACCUGCACCAUCUAUACUACCACCAUCUAAUAUCGUUGGACAAUCUCAUAUGCCUAUACCUGUUAAUAGUACUUCCAUUCCUCUGCCCAGUGGAAUAAGACCACCAUCUCGAUCACCAAAAUCUGCUUUAGCCAAAUGA